AUGGGAAGAGCUCCAUGCUGUGACAAAUCUAAAGUGAAAAGAGGACCAUGGUCUCUUGAAGAAGACGCCACCCUCAGGAACUACCUCAACGAACAUGGCACUGCUGGCAACUGGAUUACUCUCCCAACCAAAGCAGGCCUAAAUCGUUGCGGUAAGAGCUGUCGUUUGAGAUGGCUGAACUAUCUUAGGCCAGACAUCAAGCGUGGUAGUUUCACUGAGGAAGAAGACAAUGUUAUCUGUACUCUCUUUAGAAGCAUUGGAAGCAGGUGGUCUGUCAUAGCUUCUAAACUGCCAGGACGAACAGAUAAUGAUGUGAAAAACCAUUGGAACACAAAGUUGAAGAAGAAGCUGCUCGCGGUGGCAGCAAGAAAAAACAUCUUUUCUACCAGAAAGAACAACAUUGCUCAGUUUUCGUCUCCAGUUCCUCCCAAAAUCGAAACCCCUCAAGGCGCCGAGACUGCUUCAUCUUGUCUAAGUGGCACAUUACCAUAUGCUGCGAACACAAGCUUUGUGCAUAGUUUUGAUCAAGCAAAGCAAACUUUGGAACCCUGGUGCAGUUAUUUUUCUGGUUCAAAGCCUAUGGAAGUUUCUGAUUUCGGCAGCACCAGUGAAAGUAACAGUUUCAGUAUUCCACAGUCUCAUCAGGAAGUCUCAAGUCUUCCCAGCUCAUCUAGUUUAGCUCAGCUGGAUCAGAACCACUACUCCUUAUGGUCUGGAUUUGAAGAUUUCAACAUUAACAGCGAUUUCCUUGUGAACUUCGAAUUCGAAACUCCUCCUGGUGAUCAUUUUCUUCCGGGUGGCUUUGGUUAUUAG